CUGAUCUUCUGAAAUCCUUGAAGGAGCAACUUAACCAGCAGAAUCAUUAACGGCACUACAAUGAGUCAGGACAUAUGCAUAGUUUUGGUCGGCAAAACAGGAGCUGGAAAGAGUGCUUCAGGAAAUACCAUUCUUGGAGAAAGGAUAUUUGUGUCAGAAGCAAGAACUGCAUUAGUCACUAAAAAGAGUUCAUUUGAAUCGCGGAUGAUAAACAGAAAGCAGAUUUGUGUCGUGGACACUCCUGGUCUAUAUGACACAAGUCUGUCCAGUGAAGAAGUCUUGAAUGAGAUUGUGAAUGGCAUCAGACUUGCAGCUCCAGGUCCUCAUGUCUUUCUUCUUGUAAUUGCCAUUGGGCGCUUCACUAAAGAAGACAGACAAAUCGCUGGAUUGAUUCACACAACCUUUGGCCAAGAAGUGCUCAGACACAUGAUGGUUUUGUUCACCAGGGCAGAUGAUCUUGAACACAGGACAGUUGAAGAUUACAUAGCGGAGGCACCAGAACUAAAAAAAGUGAUAGAUUCAUGCAAAGGAAAAUAUCAUAUAUUCAACAAUAGAGAGAAGUCUGACCGUACCCAAGUUGAUGAGCUCAUGAGGAAGAUUGAAGCCAUGAUAAAACAGAAUCAUAACAGCUACUACAGCCACCACAUGUUUACAAAGUCAGAUGAACUCAACAGAGCUAGGAGAUCCAAAAAGGAAAAGGAUGCUGACCUGAAGUCAGAAGUCAAAAGUCAGAAGUCAGAAAAAGCUUUAGUGCAGAAGAAACGGACAAAAAGAAAUAAAAUAACAGCAUUUCGUGAAGGAAUGAAUAAGUCAUCUUGCAGCAUACUAUAGUAUACUUGAGUAUAUGAUGUCAGCAUCUCAUAAAAUGUAUAAACGGGGCAUUACAAAAUACACAAAUCAGAAGAGAAACAUUCAAUUGUGUUAAAUCCCAACAAUUCAUGUUUUUAUUAAUCUUUUUGAUUAA